GAAGCCUCUAAACCGAAACCGAAAGAAAUUUCAGUGAAGUGAAGAAUCUUGAGCGAUCUAACCUAAAAAUGUUGUUUAAUUUUAACCUAAUUCUAAUAUUCACUAGAUAUUUAGAAUAACAUACAUUUUAUUAAUAUUGUAAUUGAAGUAUCUCUUACGGACGAAAUUUCAAAUUAGGCCUUUAUCGCAACACAAUAAAAAGCUGUAAUGCUUUUAAUAGUAGGCCUAUUCUGUGUAUUAUUUCCUAGGCAUAUAUUGUCGAGUAGUUUGGAACAUGACGGCUCAGUAUCCAUUCGUCUACUUCAUGCGUUAAAUAGAGAAUCAGAACCAAUCUUUACUGAUCGUGGGAAUAUUACCAUACACAGCUUACGCGUAGGUCAGGCGAUAGUAGAUCAGAAACCACUUCCUGAGGAAGAAAAACUAAAAAUUCAGAUUUUAGCUAGAAAUAAUGAUUUUUACAGGAUAAAGGCUAUUGUUGUUGCAAAUGAUGGGUCAGAAAGGUCAUUUAUUUCCACUUCAAAAGCUUGUAUGUUAGCAGAAUCCGAAUUAGAUGACAAACUGAUAGUCUCUUUAGACUAUAUGGGUAGAGUAGUUGGUAUUACUUCUGUGAUAGCUUCAAAAGCGGCUUGUGAGGGAGCUGAUGUGCCACUUGAAAAGUUAAAGGAAUUCACCACCACUGUUUAUGUUCGGCAUACUGAAGCUGGAGCAAUACCGGACACCGCUUCUUUCGUACAAAAAUUGGAAAGGGAAAAGGAAGCACAGGAAAAGGGAGAAGUCAAAGAUAACAGAUCAUUUUUGGCCAAAUAUUGGAUGUAUAUACUUCCGGUGGUAGUGGUGAUGGUGAUAUCUUCAGCUACCAACCCAGAAGCCCAAGGUGGGGGUGGUGGUGGUGGUAGAGGAGGACAAUAAAUUAUUUGGAGUGUAUAAGUUAGAAUAGAGGUAAAGAUAUGUGUAGAUUCAAUUAUUGUUUAAAUAAAUUAUGGAUAAUAUAAUAAAAUAAA